CCCCGCUGUCAGUCUUCCGAAACUGGGCGCUUAUUUUCUGUCCCACCGGAGACAGGAGCGAUUCAGCUUUACAUUACUGAAAGAACACAUUCAAACUGUGAAACAAUGCCUUCUGAUUGACAUCAACAGCAGUAACUGUCCAUCAUGAACAGCGAGGAAGAGUUCUAUGAUGCUGAGACAGGUUUAGAAUCAGACGACUCAUGUGAAGUCAGCUUUAAAGAUGCCUGUGUCUAUGAGAGCAAGCAGACAGUGAAUGGCAAAGUGCCGUCUGAAAAUGGAGUACGGGAGAGGCGAACUACUCUGCCAGUGCCCAUGUUCUCCAGAAAUGACUUUAGUGUAUGGGGCUUCCUGAAGAAAUGCAUUGGAAUGGAGCUGUCCAAGAUAACAAUGCCUAUUGUUUUCAACGAACCGCUGAGCUUCUUGCAGAGGAUUACAGAAUACAUGGAACAUACAUACCUCAUCCAUAAAGCUUGUACACUUUCUGACUCUAUAGAGCGUAUGCAGCUUGUUGCCGCAUUCGCCGUUUCUGCUGUUGCAUCGCAAUGGGACAGAACUGGAAAACCUUUUAACCCUUUAUUAGGAGAGACUUUUGAACUCACACGGGAUGAAGAGGGUUACCACAUGAUCUCAGAACAAGUGAGCCACCAUCCACCAAUCAGCGCCUUCUACUCAGAGUCACUCAAUCAGGACUUCUCGUUUCACGGCUCCAUCUACCCUAAACUAAAAUUCUGGGGGAAGAGUGUGGAGGCAGAGCCUAAAGGCACCAUGACACUUGAGCUCUCCAAGCAUAGAGAAGCUUACACAUGGACGAACCCUAUGUGCUGUGUGCAUAACGUUAUUCUGGGUAAACUGUGGAUUGAGCAGUAUGGGACAGUGGAGAUUGUCAACCACAGCACUGGGGACAAGUGUGUGCUGAAUUUUAAGCCAUGCGGCAUGUUUGGCAAAGAGCUGCAUAGGGUAGAGGGACAUAUCCAGGACAAGAGUAAAAAGAAGCAUCAGGUUAUCUAUGGGAAGUGGACUGAGUGUGUAUAUAGCAUUGAACCAAAAGUCUAUGAAGUCAACAAGAAAGCAGAGAAGAAAAGCGGAGAAGAUUCCAAGAAGCACAAGCAGGAGCAGAGUACAGUGGGUGAUGAUGCAGAUGAAAUGCCAGAUGUCCAGGAAACAGUUACUAUGAUCCCAGGCAGUACGCUGCUAUGGAGAGUAGCCCCUCGACCGCCACACUCGACACAGAUGUAUAACUUUACUAACUUUGCCAUGACGCUUAAUGAGCUGGAGCCUGGCACGAUUGGAGUCAUAGCACCAACAGACUGUCGUUUGCGGCCUGACAUCAGAGCUAUGGAGAAUGGGGAUAUCGAUACUGCAAGUCAAGAGAAGGAGAGAUUGGAAGAGAAGCAGAGAGUUGCCAGAAGAGAGCGUGCUAAAGACGAGGAAGAAUGGUCUACGAGAUGGUUCCAGCAAGGCAAUAAUCGGUACACUGGAGCUGCAGACUGGAUCUACAAGGGAGGUUACUUUGACAGGAGGUACUCUGACCUUCCAGACAUCUACUGAUUCGGUUGGGAAGACUGAAAGAGUCUUGUGAUUCAUCCUUUGCUCUCCUUCACCCAAUCCAUAUCAUCUCCUCUCCUUGAGCUCUUUUCAUUUUGUUCAUCGGAAUGUGAGAUUCAUGUGAACAGUUUUUGGACAAAGCCUCUCCACGAGUUCCACUCUUUACUAGAAUCUGAAAAUUUAGUGUGAAUGGAUUUAUUUAUUUUGAGAGGUAGGGAAUACCUUAAUUAUUCACUGUUUUCUUUUUCAUGUAUGUUAGGUUAUAAGUUAAACAUUCUGUGCAAACCUCAGUAUGUUUAGAAAUUGCUAGUUUAUGUACAGUAUGUGCUAACCUACCUUUCCAUGCGUCUCGCUAGUUACACUCAGGUGUUCAGUUUAUGGGUACAAGUGGUUAGUGAUGGCAUCACUGCGAUGCCAUCUGUGAUUUCUUUUUUUUUUUUGUCAUUGUUGAAAUGUGAGGCUGCUCAGAACCUAUUAGGAGAGCAUAAUUUUGUGUUUUUGUUCAAACUAAUGCUAUUUUAUCAUCUCUAUUAUUUGCUUUUUUCCUUAUCUCAGAAAUAUGACCUCUAUUUGUGGUAUGUAUGAUGUGCAGGAACUUCACAGUUAAAGAUUCUGCCUGAUUUUGAGUACCUGAGAAUGAAAAGGAGUUUAUUUUUAUUUUGUUUUUCGAAUUAUCCCACCUUUGUUCAGACAUUAUGGUUAUGUCUCACUGAUAAGGCUCUUGGGCCAUUUCUCACCAUCUCCGUUGGACAGGGGAGUUUUCUAAAACUAAUAUUCUCAUUCCUCACACGUUUAGAAAUGUUUUAGAUCUGUUUUGUUUUUGUUUGACAGACAAAAAUGAAAGCUGCUGAAAGGGUGUUUUUUAAUUGUUAAAAAGCUCUUAUAACAAAAAUCCUAUUACAUCCUAGCAUUGAUGUUUUGAGUGUUUAUGGUUGCCAAAGUGACUUUGCUCUUGUAGAAAUUAAAGCCAUAUAACUCGUCAGGAGUGCAAUGUUGAGUGAUACAAAUUAAAUGGAGGUGGGUGCUAAUCUUUCUUUUUAUUUCAGCACUUAAUGGCUCACGAAUGUCAAGGUGCUUCACCUUAGCCCACAUAUAUUCACGUGUACCAAAAAUGCUCAGAAUGUGCUUCAUUGUUCACAUGCUUUUUGCCAUACAGCAAAUUUCAUUCUGCAAGGACUAAUUUUUUUUCCAGACAUACAAAUCAUAGACGAGAUGACCUCAGAGGAUCAUGAAAGACACCACUGUCUUUUAUUUUGAAACUUUAAACAAUACUGUGAUUUUAACACACAAAUUUCAGAAGCUAUGCAAACAUUGAUGGGAAUGUCUGUCUAUGAAUUGUACAAUUUAAUGUGUCAAUAAGCUCCACUGUUUAUGUAAAAUACUUUGGUUGGCAUUAGUGCAAAGGUGUCAAGCAUGCUAGUACUUUUGCUGAUGGUUUUACACAGUAUUACUGGCUGUUUUGCACAACCUAAAAUUGGUUAGGUGGAGACACAGGUGUAUGUAACUGCAGUGAUUAAUAACACUGUUAUCUAAUUAUUAGAAAUGUUUAUCAUUCACACUUAAUGGGAGUUCAUCAUCUGUUGUGUAGCACAAGAAUAUUUGUCUUUAAUAUGUUUCAUGUAGUGCGUACAGUUCCAAAAGCCAAGCUUCGGGCCAUAGCAAAUAAUUAACUACAAUUUAUUUCCCUCUGUAUUGUAUACACUAUAUUGUGGCAUGUCUAAACAUAAAUUAUUUAAUCUCACUAUCAAUGCUUACUAGCAGUUAGAAAUAUCAGUAUAUUAUUCCACCAGCUGCUAACGUAAUGUCUUUUAAAGCCCUUGAAAUCAUGAGACAUUAAAAAAGGACUUAUCCCCAAUUGUCUCAUGAUUUUGUGCUGUCAGCUGUGCUUAUCAGCUAUUCCUGUAGCAAUCACAUCAAGUUAAUAUACAAGUAAACCUGGUCACAUUGAUUGCAACUAUGUAAAGCAAUCAUACACAGAAUUUUCAAGUCAUUCUGUCUGUGUUAUUAUUAAGCUGUUGAUAUUGGUCGUGACACUAAGGAUUAAUUGUUUCUGUUGUGAAACUCACUAUUUCACAGAUAGAAGCCCAAAUUAUACCGCUGUGGUGCUAUGACGGCUUUACAUAAUUGUACAUGAAGUAUUGUGACUUUAUACUAUAUUUGUAUAGAUCACGUGAAAUGCAUUUAAACUGUCUUAUGAAUCUGCUAAUUUGUAAACUUGCCAUAUUAAUGAUAUAUGUGAGACCUCACUAAGAAACUUCAGUUUGCUCUUUUGUGUCUGAAGGGAAUUGACAAGCAUCAGUUCGAGAUUUCUGACAAAACAUUUGGGAGAAGCUUCAGCUUCAGGCAUAUGUUUGAUGGUGGGAACGUUUGUGAAAUAUUACCUGUUUUUUUGCAUUAAUUUGACCUAAAAUGUGAACUGAUCUUUAUCAAAGUCAAUGUCAUGGAUAAAGAGGAUCUAA